UGUCAGCCAAUCAGCGGAGAGGAACGCUGCAACAUUUCCCCCCGCGGGGGAAGCCGCAACGUUCCAUCCGGUGGCGAAGCGCUCCUGCUCGGGAGGAUGUUUUAUCACAUCUCCUUGGAGCAUGAAAUCCUGCUGCACCCCCGUUACUUCGGCCCCAAUCUUCUCAACACCGUGAAGCAGAAGCUUUUCACCGAGGUGGAAGGGACUUGCACCGGCAAGUAUGGCUUCGUCAUCGCCGUAACCACCAUCGACAACAUCGGGGCCGGUGUGAUUCAGCCGGGACGCGGCUUCGUCCUUUACCCCGUCAAAUACAAAGCCAUCGUCUUCCGUCCAUUCAAAGGGGAGGUGGUUGACGCCAUUGUGACUCAGGUGAAUAAGGUUGGCCUCUUCACCGAGAUCGGCCCGAUGUCCUGCUUCAUAUCGCGACACUCGAUCCCUUCAGAAAUGGAGUACGAUACGAACUCCAAUCCGCCCUGCUACAAGACUGUGGAUGAGGACAUUGUAAUCCAGCCUGAGGAUAAUAUCCGAUUGAAGAUUGUGGGUACCAGAGUGGACAAGAACGACAUAUUUGCCAUUGGAUCCCUGAUGGAUGACUACCUGGGUCUCCUAAACUGAAAGCCCAUUUCUUUUGUUCUUCUGGAGUUCUCCUUCAACUCCAUGGUCAUUCCUCAGUAAAGAAAGGUUGGCUAGCUUGUUUUAGGGGAAAGAUUGACCAUUUACAGCAUCUCUAAUGAGUUGGGAGUGUUUUUGGAGGUCUGUUCCUCUUCCUGUUGUUUCUCGCCGGACUUGAGUGUGUUAUGUAUGCCCCGUUUUCGUACAUUAAACAUUUUCUCCUUUUGGG